UGCAUUACCGCCAUCUCGAUCUGCUUAAAGUCGAUGUUCUAAGGGCUCGAAAAGGCCUCGAUAUAUUGGCCCGUGGCUUUCGUAAUCUUAUUGGAGCUGACUCAACCCUGCUAAGCUUUCCAUCACGUAACAGCAUAGAAUAUUUAUAUGCGGGUUUGAAGGGACCUGGGACUCAGGCAUUGUGUCAAUUGGUCCCUAAUAUGUGCCUGGGCCCGCAAUAGCUUACGUUUCGACCCAAUUUCAAGCUUUCACAAGCUUCGUUAAGCAUUUACCCCAGUCUCAUGCCACCAGUCCACGGAGAUGCAUUCCGUUCUGCGACUCCGGACGCUUCCGUCACUUUCAACAGCGCAUUACAUCACCGACGUGCGUUUCUUCACUACUUACUUUUCCACGUCCUGCCAGCGAACCCCCGCCUUCUGCACGAGUAUUGUCUCUCUCCAAAGACAGUGCAAAACUAUCAUCCCACAACAUGUCUCUCUCCAGACACGUAAAUCCCGAUGAGUUGCUCCAGUCGAUGCAUGACCAUCCUAUCCACAAAGCCAGUCACAACAAAGGCCGUUUCGCCUCGCACAUCACGCCGUACUCGAGCCGCUAUGCAAGCUCAACUGAGCUUUCUAAAUACCAAAUCCCACACGAUGGAGCUCCGGCGGAAGUCGUUCACCAAUUGCUCAAAGACGAGCUCGACUUGGAUGGCCGUCCUCAAUUGAACCUCGCAUCUUUCGUGGGAACAUACAUGGAGAAGGAGGCAGAACAGCUCAUGAUCGAGAAUCUCUCCAAGAAUAUGAGCGAUGCGGACGAGUAUCCUGCCAUGAUGGACAUGCACGGUCGGUGCGUCUCGAUCCUCGCUCAUCUUUGGGGAGUUCAGAAGGGUGAGAAGGCUAUUGGUUCCGCUACCACCGGCUCGAGCGAAGCAAUCCACCUCGGUGGACUGGCUAUGAAACGUCGAUGGCAGGAGAAAAGGGAGAAGGAGGGCAAAGAUAAAUCCAAACCCAACAUCUUGAUGGGUUCCAACGCACAGGUAGCCUUGGAAAAGUUUGCGAGGUACUUCGAAGUGGAGGCUCGCAUCCUGCCAGUGUCAGCCAAAUCGAACUAUCGCUUGGACCCUGAGCUUGUGAAAGAGAAUAUCGACGAGAAUACUAUUGGUGUUUUCGUAAUCUUGGGCUCGACCUACACUGGUCACUACGAGCCAGUAGAAGAGAUCAGCAACAUCCUCGACGAGUAUGAAAAGAAGACGGGUGUGGACAUCCCGAUUCAUGUUGAUGGCGCCUCGGGGGCAUUUAUUGCUCCCUUUACGCACGCCAAAGCAGGCCAGAAGUGGAACUUUGAGCUUCCCCGCGUCAAGUCGAUAAAUGUCAGUGGACACAAGUUCGGUUUAGUCUAUGCUGGCGUGGGAUGGAUCAUCUGGAGAGACGAGAACUACCUGCCGAAGCAUCUCGUGUUCGAGUUGCACUAUCUGGGUGGAACGGAACAGUCUUACACUCUGAAUUUCUCCAGACCAGGAGCGCAGAUCAUUGCGCAGUACUACAAUCUCAUUCACCUUGGCUUUACCGGUUACCAAAGCAUAAUGGAGAACACACUUGCAAAUGCUCGACUGCUCAGUCGCGCGCUGGAGUAUACGGGCUGGUACCGCUGCAUCAGCGAUAUCCACCGGAAGAAGGGCGACCACACUUACGAGAAGGGCAAGGCGCCUUACGACUCUGGCGAGACCAGUGCCGACUACAACGCUGGUCUUCCAGUCGUCGCCUUCACAUUCACGGAUGAAUUCAAGAAACAAUACCCAUACCUGAAAGAAGAUGCAGUGCAGAACUUGAUGAGGGCAAAGCAGUACAUCAUUCCAAGCUACCCGUUGCCGCCGAACGAAGAGAAGACGCAGAUUCUUCGCGUUGUCGUCCGCGAGUCGUUGUCGUUGGACAUGAUUGACCGCCUGGUCACGGAUCUUUGCAACGUGACGGAGAGCAUGAUGAACAGCAACGCAGUAGACCUCGCAGCGUGGCAGCCACCCCCCCGGAGUGUUGAGAAGCAACAUACUUCGGCCGGGCUGCCCGCGCAUCAGAGAGAUCAGUCGAAGCAGCCGAUGAAGGAGGGGGUGCAUCGAAGCGUGUGCUGAUCACCGAGCUGGACCUAAUCGAGCACUACGUCGAUUCUCAGAUCAAGGGUCCCUGCAUCUAUGUACACCAUCGAAAUGAUGAAAAGGUUCGGAUGGAAGGUCUACCGGUAGCGCAAUUUGUGACAGAAAAGGUGCCAUAUAGCGGAUUAGCCAUACUAGCACAAUAUUCCUACGUUAUGCAACGGGAAGUGAUCAGUAUGCGAGCCGACAUUAACGUCGGCGUGCAGCCAGCGUUUUUGCCGAUCGUCAAGCAUUGUAGCGGGAUAUGCGUGGCCGGUGAUGCUUGCAAGCUCCUUUUAGCCACUCGGAGCGCGUCCAGAUCUCCGGGC